AUGUUCGCCCUCAAAGCCCCCCGCCCCCGAAGCCUGGCCCGCCUCUGCAGGGCACUCGCCACCACCGCCCCCCGCCCACAGCUCACCCGCCCGGCCAUAGACACCCCCGCCUCCCUCUGGAACUUUACAGAGGAAGAGCACAUGCUCAGAGAGGCCGUCAGGCGCUUCGCACAGGAUCUCAUUGCCCCAAAGGUCCAGGAGAUGGACGAGAACGAGCUCAUGAGCCCCGACAUCAUCCAGGGCUUGUUCGAUAACGGCUUGAUGGGUAUCGAGACGUCUGCCGACCACAGUGGAUCCGAGUGCUCUUUCACCAGCGCCAUCAUUGCCGUCGAGGAGCUCGCCCGGGUCGAUCCUUCCGUCGCCGUCCUCUGCGACGUCCACAACACUCUCGUCAACACCGUACUUCGCCUCUACGGCAGCCCCGAGAUCCAGGAGAAGUGGCUUCCGGACCUCGCCACCUCCAAGGUCGGCUCCUUCUGUCUCUCUGAAGCCAACUCCGGGUCGGACGCUUUCGGCCUGCAGACGACUGCCAAGCUGGACUCGAGCGGGGACUUUUACGUGUUGAAUGGGAGCAAGAUGUGGAUCUCCAACUCUGGAGAGGCCGACACUUUCCUUGUCUUUGCAAACGUCGACCCCUCCAAGGGCUACAAAGGUAUCACCUGCUUCAUCAUGAGCAAAGACAUGGGCGUCGAGAUUGCCAAGAAGGAGAAGAAGCUCGGUAUCCGCGCCUCCUCCACCUGCGUGCUCAACUUUGACGACGUCAAAAUUCCCAAAGAAAACGUCGUCGGCGAAGUCGGCAAAGGCUACAAGAUCGCUAUCGAGAUUCUCAACGAAGGCCGAAUCGGCAUCGCCGCCCAGAUGAUCGGCCUCGCCCAGGGCGCAUUCGACAAAUCCCUCGAGUACGCCUACCAGCGAAAGCAAUUCGGCAAGGCCGUCGGCGAGUUCCAAGGCAUGGGUUUCCAGUUUGCCGAAGCCGCCACGGAAAUCGAGGCCGCGAGGCUCUUGACUUAUAACGCUGCCAGGCUCAAGGAGGAAGGUAGGCCAUUUACAAAGGAGGCUGCGAUGGCCAAGUAUUAUGCCUCCGUAAUGGCGCAAAAGGUCUCGGGGUCUGCUAUCGAGUGGGCCGGGGGCCAAGGCUUUGUCAGGGAGACCGGAUUGGAAAAGUUUUGGCGAGACUCCAAGAUCGGAGCCAUUUACGAGGGGACGAGCAACAUUCAGCUGGAGACCAUUGCCAAAUUCUUGCGCAAAGAGUACCAGACCUGA